ACUCAGUCUAGACUCGUUUUCAGAUAAGACGUGUUUUUUUUACGUUCUCCAUGUAACAUUUAGUGAAGCUCUUUUAUCUCAGCCGUUGUAGUUUAGUUUUAGCGCUGGUUUGCAUUUGCUUUUAUUUUGAAUGCAUUUAGUUUUCACUUCUAUGUAAAUAUUCCACCGUCCUGAAGAAGAGGCAGGUCGUCCCAAAAAUUUGACAAUCAUUGGACAUUUUGGUGCUUUAUAUAUACAAUGUAUAUGUAUGCAUAUGCUACCUGCAGAUUACAUGCAGGAGUAGAGAAUCAUUAAAUAGAAAUCGCCGCCAUUGGGGAAUCAGUGUGGCUGAAUUAUGUUUAAAAAAAAAUUUUUCAAGAAGAAACCCAAGCCAAAAGUGCAGCAUGAUAAAGAAAGUCCAACUACCGGCAACGUAAACUACGACGUUAUAGAUCCAAAAUCCAACUUUGGGCCAUCAAGAUAUACGCCUCUCUUACCUGAUACUCCAAUCCCUAAACCACUGCCAAAGAAUGCAGGGAAGAUAUUCAGCAAGAAUGCCAUUGUGAAUCUUCCUUUACAACAUGUGGCUUCCAACAGACGGAUGGAAGAUUUCGACGAUGACGAGUAUGGGUACACAAUUGGAAGCGGCAUCUAUAAACUCAAAAAGAAGGACACCACGUGGGAAGAAGCAUUUGUGGAUGCUCAUGAGUUUUUACCGUACAAGAAAUACAGCCACAGUUCCAUGCUUUCCAAGUUUUUCUUCUCCCCUCGAGAAAACUACGAAACACUGUCUAUUGACAAGAUAUGUCUCGAAAUGACCAGUGCAUCCACAGAAGUUCAGCAAGACUUGUUAAAAUACAUCACAGCUUGUAUUCUACCAGAUCUGAAACAAAACAUCAGAAUUGUAGACAUCUUCAAUCUGCUCUCGUGCAAAAACAAAUCUGUUCGAAAUCUUUGCAUUAACGAACUGACAGAGAUUAUAAUGGAUGCAGAUCAGGGAAAAUUUUCCAAAGAUGAAAUGAUGAUGUUGUACGAGACAGGCACUAUUCAGUUAUUCACAGUUAUCUCAGAGACAAAGAAAACAUUCUCCAUAUUCCAUCCUCUCAUCCAGCUCGGGAUUAUGUUCAACUGCUUUAUAUACCUACGGGCCAUUGAAGCAGUCGAGGAUUGGAUUCCACGCAUUCAGAAUGUUGCGUCAGCUAUCCAAUCUAAGAGGAAGCGUGUUAUGGAAAGGAAUGACCCCGACGUUAUUCUUUUCGCUAAGAUGGCGAAAUGCAUUUUUGAUUUAGAAGAUGUGGACUUGGAUGAGAGUUUGUUGAUGGGAGAAGAUGUGAACGAUUUCCUUCCCUCUUUUAACAGAGAAGACAGUGAUAUAUGUAUCGAGGGAUUUGCUGCUCUUUAUCACACAGGAAAUCUGGUACUGAGACAGCAGUCAAAAUUCAAUUCCGGUGUUCAGAAAAUCACAGACUUGUCUUCAUUCAUGGAUAGUUGUAAUGACAAGGGAAUGGUGAAAUGGUACCAUCGUUUGCUUGACUUAUUCUUAGUUCAUAUAUUACAACAGGAACACUCUGAUGUAAAACUGGAGAUACUUGAAAAGGGUGAAGAUAAAUUGUUUUUGAUGCUGAAUCGUGAUUGCCAUUUUUCUGAGAGUUUUAGUACCUCCCAUUGCCUGUUGUUUCACCACAAUGAAAGAAUACAAUACAAAUACAGGGAAAUCGCCAAACGAAGAGGUAUAGUCAAUUCAAAGACUGUCACGGUGGAUCACAUACAGACGGUUUUAAACAAGUGCGGACUGGUGUUUGACACGUCUUCUUCAGUUUCACAUCUAAACAUUGGUUUUGAACGCAAACAAUGCACAUUUUGUAAUGUGGAUGCAUCUAUCACUUGCAUAUUCGAAGUUGAACCUGAUGAGUCAAAGGAUGUGAAUAUGUAUGAUAAUACCUCUACAGCUUUCGGCACAAGGAAAAGUUCAUUGAGAAAAGAAAGAUUGGAAAAUGAAAUGGAAGUGUUGAAAGAAAUUGAGUCCAAAGAUAUGCAUAGAAAUGUGGCCAGACUUCUGGCGUUCAAUCAGUCCUUACCAAAGUUUUACAUCAAAGAGAGAUUACCUGGAGACAAUCUACAAAGACGCCUCCUGGAGGUUAGAGACAAAGGGAAGGUAGUCCCAAUCGCAGAUCUCAUUGGAAUUAUCGUACAGGCUGUACAGGCAAUUAUAUACGUACAUAGCUCUGGCUGCCUCGUCAGGGACAUCACCACAGCGUCCUUUGGUUGCACAGUGACAGAAAAUGGAUAUUCCCUCAAGCUGAAAAAUUUUGAAAUGGCGGCCAAGCCGUCAGAUUUCCCUAGUGGUGGAAUAGUGAGCGGCUUAAUUGAUCUGGAUUUUAACGGAGUCUGCACUCGAUGGGCAGCCCCAGAGAGCUUGCUAGAAGGGCGUUAUAGUAUCUACAGUGACGUUUGGUCCGUCAACAUUUUAGCAGACGAAAUCCUCAACUACGCUGCGUGGCCGUAUUCGGACAUAAGUGAUGCGGACAUUGACGACAUGAUUAUCAAUAUUGUCUUUACUCACCUUAAACCUCAAGGAUUCAAUCGACCGAGGCGAGUCCAGGGUCUUAUUUUGGAGGGACUUGCCAGCGAACCUGAUCAGAGACUAAAACUGGAGGCGUUGCGGGAAAGGCUUUUAGAGAUAUUGGAUAACGUCAGCGGGGGAGAAAGUUACAGUACAUACGACACUUAUUCUGGUGUGGAGGGAACACAUGCAAAGGUAUACGAUAUACCUCCCCUUACAGAACGACAAAUUAAAGUCAACUCUGUAUUUGAAAGGGGAAUCCCACCGUCAAUUCAAAGAUACAGAGAGCUUGAUGAAGAUCCCAUGAGUGUGUUUGCGUCAGAAGCAGCGGAAUACAAUGAAAGACUACGAGCACAGGAUGGCAUCCCACUGACAGAAAUAUCCUCUGACGAGUAUUACAAGAUCGAGAGUAGGGACAGAAUAAACAUGAUGAAAGUAAUGGAAAAAGUGAGCGAUGACUUCCUGAAGUUUACAUACAACAGACUCAAGGAAAUCGAUAGUAGAAAGAUGUGUGUGGAACCAUGGCCUCCUACGACAAGUAUCUCAGCAGAUGGCUUUAAACAAAUACACUAUAAAUUUCCACGAUCAACACACCUUCUUGAUAUAGUCCUCCACAAACAACGCGGCGAAACGAUUGGUCCAUACAUUGAGCUUUUGUAUGAACUGGCCAAUCAUGUAGACUCUUUUCAUUCAGCUGGAUGGAUUUUUCGAUGUCUCAGAGCAAAGAAUGUUUGGAUUCUGGAAACAAAAAAACGAGAACAAACGAUUGUGGUGCCCAAAUUUGGUAAAUACCGUGUGAUAGCGUCAUCAGACUUCGACAUCCAUCUAGAGCAGAUCAAAGUUGAAAGACCAGAGGAGGCAGAUGGAAUACAAUGGCUUCCGAUUGAGUCAAUAAAAGCUGGACUCUAUUCCAAAGAAAGUGAUGUAUACGCCUUUGGUAUGAUUACGUGGGAGGUCAUGUCUGCGUUUGGACAGGAGGGAGUUGUGUAUGACCAAGACGAAGAGCGGGAGUUAGAGUGCAUUCCAUUCAACUACCAACAAUCUGAAAAUAUUCUACAACAUUUGAUAGAGGGAUAUAUACCAGAAAAAAAUGUUAAAUGCCCUGAUUGGUUUUACCGAGAAGUUACGAGGCCUUGUCUUCUGCAUCAGAAAAUCGACAGACCCUCGAUGAAAACCAUCCUACAAAUCCUGGAAACACGGCUUGGGAAAUCUCUUCCUAAACAAAUUCUGAGGGGUCCACCCCAACCUCUACCUGAUCAACUUUCGCAAAGUGAUAGAAAACCCCAAAAAGUAGAAAUGUACGACGAUAUCUAUGAUUAUGAUGGAUUUGACAUAAUUACAGAUUUGUAUCAGUCUUGCAUAGAGGAAUCUAAAAUGAUUGAAAAGGACGAUGAAUAUCCUAUGUUUCCACCUCCACCUCUACCCCCAGUGUCUUAUUACAAUACAAAGACGAGUAAAAGCCUGAAUGGAGUGAAACGUAGUCUGUCACCUCCGCCACCUCCCCCCAAACCGAAAGACGUGAAAGGGAAGAAUGACGAAGAAAGAUUGAGCCCAGAGAACAAAAGGAAAUAUGCAGACAAAAAUGUAAGUAAAGGUGACAGCAAUGACAGUAUCCCACCUGUUUCCAGAAGACCACCAUCGUUACAUGGCAAUGAUGACAGCAUCCCACCUCUUUCCAGAAGACCAAUACCGUUGCCAUCACAAGAAAAUGAAAAAGAGUCUGCAGAGACAACUGAUGAAAAGUCAUGCAAAACACUUCCUCUUCCAAGGAUUCCACAAAGUGAUGAGAGUGAACGUGUAAAUGUGGAGGAACAGUCUGCUCAGACAGUUCCACCAAAGACACAAACACGCCAAAGUAAUGCAUAUCAAAAUGUAAAGGAGCAAAAGUCUUUCCAAAUUAACAAAGCCAAAUUCCCUCCACUUCCACCCAAACCAGAAGGAACUAAGAAUAAAUUUGAUGGAACCAACCCAGAACCCCCCAGAACCCCACACACCAGUGGUCAUAAAAAUGACGCAUCACCUCCUCCACUUCCUCCAUUGCGACGGGACAAUCAGCUAAAGUCGGAAAACCCAAGAACUUGUGUGGAUAACGUACGUGACUUUGACAACGAUUCCGUUCAUAAGAGAUCAGAUUUUGCAGAGUCUGCAUCAAGUAUGUCUCAAGGCAGUAAAGGUUCAUAUUAUGUGAGUAAAACUUCAUCCCAGAAUCUCGGAGACACAGAGAGAGGAUCCGACUUCGAUCGUACAUCUGAAUCUGGUGUUGCACAUUGUAUCAGUGAAAGUUUGACAGAAACUGAGAGAGGCUCAGAUUUUUACGGUAAAACGAAACCCAAAAUUCUUCCAAAACCGGGGUCUAAAAGUAGACUUCAGCCGACGUUCUACGUUGGGGAAGAAGAAAACAGUGAACAAAUGAGAAAGGUUGAUGAGGUGAAGAGAGAUGAAUGUGACACUGCAAAACAAUCGAAUCCGGUUUAUGUGAACAAAACGGAAACUAACACGAAACAUGUCCUGCCACUUAGGAAACCGCUCGAUAAAUGAUUUAGUGUUUGUAGUUGCGAAAACACUAUCAUUCCCUCUUUCUCUAUGUAGAAAUAUAGCAUUCAACAAUGCAUUCGGCGGGUAGUGGUCUAAAACUUCGCACUAUACUUGUUGCACACAAAAGGACCAUCUAAAUUGCAUGGAAAGAGAUAAUAUGUUAAUGUUUAAUCAAGGUUGAAAUAUCUCAGAACUUUUGACGACCUUCACUGGCUUUUUAUACUCGCACUUUCUAAAGAAAGUUUGGGUAUAUUGUUGUUAUCAAGGUCCGUCCGUCAGUUACACUUUCUUCUUCCUCAAAUUCCUCUUUUAUUUUAAGCAGUAACCAUUUAAUCUUUUGGAAUGUGAUAUGUGUUUCCUUGUAGAUGUGCAAUAAGGUUUCAGAACUUUUAAUUUUACUCUGGGGCAAAAUGAGAAUAAAAAACGAUUUUUCUUACAAAAACCUGCUUCUCUGACCUCCUCUUACAUUGUAAGCAGUAGACAAUUCAUUUUAUGGAGGAUGAUUAGUGGUGUCCUGUACAAUAAGGUUUCGGACUUUUCAUUGUAUCUGGGGGCAUAAUGGAGGUCAAAUAAUAAUGUUUUCUCUAUUUAGAAAAUCUGGUACCCAGAACUCCUCAUAAAUUGUCCGCAAUAGUCAAAUCAUCUUUUGGAAGAUAAUUAGCGGUAAAUAUUUACCCUAAUCAAUAAGGUAAAUAUUCUAAUGUUCUUUCUUGUUCUAAUUUGUGAUUGAUGAUAUGAUGUUCACGCCUAUUUGCCGUUUUUUAAAUCAUAAUCGGGCGAUAAAUUCCUAUAAAGAGCCCCUUUGGCGGCCUAUCAUGAGUCUACAUCAUUUGGAACACCUCAGAGACCUCUUGCAUGCGAAGAUUCUAUGACAAAGGACCGCCAUGUAAUGUCACCAUCCAAAGCACAACAUGCUCAAAGAAAUAUUAAAUUCCUCCACCACAAAGGAGCUGACAACUUGUGUGUCUGCGUAUCAGAGUUCUACAGAGUGUAUUUCAGUGUCAGGACCGGUAACUCCUGUCUAGAAAUGUUAGUGAUGAUUUUUGUUGGUAUAUUUUAAUAUAUAUAUAUAUAUAUAUAUAUAUAUAUAUAUAUAUAUAUAUAUAUAUAUAUGUAUGUAUGUCUGUCUGUCUGUCUGUGUGUGUGUGUGUGGUGUGUGUGUGUGUAUGUGUGUGUAUUUACGCAGUUACUACCGGCAGUAUUAUUCAAACUAUUUAAAAAAUAGAAAACAAGAUGACAGUUGAAAUCACUUCUUGAAAUUUAUUUCUUCAAACUAUAAAUGAGUGUUGUUAUAUCAGUAUCCAUAAUCAAACAUUUUGUCUGUUGCAUUGGUGUGUUACCAAACAGGGGCAUUUUUAUAUUCUUUUUGUAAUAUCUAAGUACAGACCCUGAAGCGUGCUACUACACCGCCAAAGCGUUUCGUUUCGUUCCGUGAAAACCGUUCAUCGUUCCGUGCAGACCGUUCAGCGUUUCGUGCAAACCGUUCACCGUUCCGUGCAAGAAUCGUUCACCGUUCUGAGCCACGCCCCGAGAAUCGUACAAGUCAUUCCGCUAUGGCAUCCAAGAAAGGUGGACGUAGAUUGUCCUUAACUUUGCGUAAUUUAAAGUGAAUUUUAGUCCAGAUUUAUAUUGUUUUCAUAUACACCUUUCAUGGCUUGUAUUGUCUUUCUGAUGCCGGGAUAUUAAAGCCCUUGCGUUAAAAGGUCUCAUCCUGUAAAUUUAUCACCUCACCUACCAUGGGUACUGGAGAUACAUCUUGUUGUUUUAACGAUUUAAUCACCGAAUACCUAGUACUUCUACAGGGAACUUUAAAGUAACAUAUACAAUUUUGAUUCUAUUUAAUUUUGUUGAUCAAAUUUAUAAUCAUUUUACGUUAUUGAUCAACUGAUAUAUACACAAGUAUAUAUAUAUAUAUAUAUAUAUAUAUAUAUAUAUAUAUAUAUAUAUAUAUAAUAUAUUAUGAAUGUCAUAACAAGUACAUUGUACUCUUUUUGUAAAACUUGUUACACUCUGAAGAGCCGAACUACACGGCGAAAGCGAAAGCGCUAAGUGUAAUUAAUUAAAUGUGGAUCAUGUGUAAUUAGUCAUCGUUGAAUACAUUAUUGUAUAUAUAUAUUUAUUCUACCCCGAUACCAAGAAACUAUAUAUAUAUAUAUAUA